GUCAUUUUAUUAUACCAUGAAAGCCAUGAUGUGGUUUCAGGUGUACCCAAAUGAUUUUCAAAAACGGCAUAUAACAUUUUUCCUGGUAACAGGUUCGUGCUUGAGGUUUUCAAUGUUUAUAUUAUGUAGCUUUCUGAGUUUUCUGCAUUUAGUUAUGAACUUAAAAGAAGGGAACGAACUGGACAUCUCUGAAGAUAUUUCCUUAGUCGUAGCAGAAACUGGUCUCGCCCUGAUAAGUACUAAAUUUGCCUUCAGAAGCAAUCACUGGACCUCGCUGAUUCGAAAAAUCACCGGAUUGUACAAAUACGGAAUCACUCCGGACUUAGAGCAAACUAUCAAACGAUGCAAUAACAUAUCAAAAUUUUGCAUAUUCUACGGCAUUUUUGCAACUUUCACCUACGCUGUCACGGCCUACUUCGAGUCUUUCGAUUGCCUGCGGAUCAAUGAAGAGAAAGACAUUCAUGAACUUUGUAUGGUAAUGAUGUCAACCUGGUUACCAUUCGACAUCACUUCUAGGGGUGAGAUGGUAAUAUUCGCCUUACAGUCUUUGACUAUUUACUUUGUCACAGUACCGG